AUGGCAUCCAUAUUGGAACAGUAUCAGCAAAGCAACUUUCGAGCUAGCAGAACCAAUUAUCCGAGUACUGCAGCCAAAAAUGAAACAGUUCCAUCUUCAGGAUUCGUCAAUAUCAUGUCUGAAGAAGAGAGACCUAUUUUUAAUAGAAUUGGUUCCGGUUUCAGGAUACCAGUCAAUACUUUUAUCCAACGUGUUGCAAUAUGCAAUAACAUGAUGCUGGUCGCGCUGUCUAAUAAUAUCUUAAGAAGAAUAUGCCUAUACGAUAAGAAUCUCUCCGACGAUGUCCAAAUUUCUGGACGAUUAACUGAUAAAGUAUACCGGAUCUUCCUGGAUCCAACGGGCAAGCAUGCAAUAAUUGCUAUGGAAUCGAUGGAAAAUUAUUAUUUAGCUGCUAGUAUGAAAAAAGUAAAACUUCUAAAUAAAUUAAAGGGACAUCUCAUAGAAUCUAUUGCAUGGAAUGGCAGUAACGCAACAGAUUUGAGUACUAGGGAUAUCCUAAUUGGUACAGCCAGAGGGUUAAUCUUUGAAACAGAGCUUGAUGCAUCUGUUGAAAGAUUAAGAUUCCAAAGCGGUACUGAAAAGUACAUGAAACAGGUAUACAGCUUAAACAGGUCUGAAGCAUCUGAAACUGCAGAGCGCAUAACUGGGCUUUUCUUUGAUCGGUUUCCUCCAUCUUCUUACCGUCUGGAUACAAGAUACUUUGUCAUCGCUACCACUCCAAAUCGUAUGUAUCAGUUCGUUGGCGAACUCAGCCAAGAUCAGCCUCUAUUUACUAGGCUUUUUUCGGCCUACGAAGGGCGCCCUGCUCAAUUCUUAGAGUUACCUGGUGAAACUUUAAAUUUUAGUGAAUUUCACGUUGCCUACUCUCGAAAGGAUAAAAUACCGGUAUCAUUUGCCUGGUUAACAGAACCCGGUAUUUAUCAUGGAACCUUCAAUUUCCGAGACCCGAAACAUAGUGUUACCGCGGGAGCGCUACUUAUGCCUUAUAAUGCUCUAGAUACCACUGAUGGAGAAAAUGUUAGCGUUUCGCCCCCUAUAUCGCUUACCGUAACGGAAUUUCACGCCUUACUCCUUUUUAAGGAUAGAUUAAAUGCGGUUGCAUUACUUAAUGAAGAAGUAGUUUUUGAAGAUUACUUUCAAGGAAACGCAUUUAAUGAUGUAAUAGCAGUGCUAGUCGAUCCAGUCAGUAAAAUAAUAUGGAUGUAUAGCCAAACAUCAAUAUUUCAGUUUGAGGUCAUUCACGAAGAUAGAUACGUUUGGAGAAUGCUUCUAGAAAAGAAUGAAUUUGAAAAAGCUAAACAAUUUUGCAAGGACAAUCCAGUACACUUGGAUAAAGUUUUAACAGCCCAAGCUGAUCAUUUCUUCGAUAAUAAAGAGUACCAGUCAGCGGCAUUAUUUUAUGCCCAGUCACAAAAAUCAUUUGAGCAAGUAGCUCUGAAAUUUUUAGAGCUUAAUAGACGUGAUGCAUUAAAAGUAUUUUUAAUUCAAAAAUUUAAUUGUCUAAAGGCUCAGGAUAAAACACAAAUGUCAAUGUUACUAACUUGGUUAACAGAACUGUAUUUAAAUGAUAUUGGGAAACUGAAAGAUGAUGAUAAGACUGAAUUAUGUGAAGUAAUGCAAGCAGAAUUUAGGGACUUUCUUCAACAGCAACGAGUAACUAAUUGCUUAAAUGACAAUCCGACCCUGUGCGCUACUCUAAGUGACCUUAUUUCCAGUCAUGGCGAUACCGAUAACAUGAUUUUUUUUGCCAAACUAAUGAAUGAUCAUGAAAAGGUCAUAACGUACUAUAUUCAGAGAGAUCGGUUUAAAGAGGCACUCAAUGCUCUAUCGAAUCAGCGGAAUCCUGAAUUAUACUAUAAGUUUUCAGCAGAUUUAAUUCCUCACAUACCAAAAGAUGUUAUUUCUACCUGGAUCUUGCUGGAGGGUAAUCUUGACGCCAAAAAACUCAUUCCUUCACUUAUUCAUUACGGUCAACACUCACCUCAGGCAUCUGAGGCUAUUCGAUACCUGGAAUUCUGUAUACGUGAUCUUCGCAACAAUGACCAAGCAAUUCAUGAUUACUUGAUAUCUUUAUAUGCUAAGAAUAAAGAUGAAUCAAAGUUAGAAACAUAUUUACAAGUACAAGGAAGAGCUGUGAGUUAUGAUCCUAAUUAUGCUUUGAGACUUUGCGCUGAAUACCGUUGUCAUCGAUCGUGUGUCUACAUAUAUGCUGCGAUGGGCUUAUUUGACGAAGCAGUUGAGUUGGCCUUAAAGGAGGUUUCAGUAGAUCUUGCAAAAAAUAAUGCUCAAAUCCCAGAGGAUGAUGAAGAAUUAAAAAGGAGGCUCUGGCUCCUAAUUGCUCGUCAUGUCAUUGAAGAGAAAAAUGAUAUUAAGCAAGCCAUGGACUUUUUGAAAGACUGCGACCUUUUAAAAAUUGAAGAUAUUUUGCCUUUUUUCCCGGAUUUUGUAACUAUCGAUCAUUUUAAGGACGCUAUUUGUUCAUCACUACAAGAAUAUAAUAAGCAUAUCGAAUCACUAAGACAAGAAAUGCAGGAAGCAACGGAAAGCGCUAAAUCUCUUCGGGAAGAUAUUCAGGCAAUGAAAAAUAGUUAUAGAAUUAUUUCUGUUCAAGAAACCUGUACCAUUUGCUCAUUUAAUAUCAUGAGCAGAGCCUUUUACUUAUUUCCUUGUGGUCAUAUGUUUCAUACCGAUUGUUUAAUAGCUGAGGUUGAACCUCAUCUCAAUGAUAGGCAGAGAUCAAGGUUGAGGGAACUUCAAAAAAAGCUAGGUACAUCAUAUACGACUGAACUUCAAGCUGCUGAAAGCACUUUAAGAGAUUCUUGCAAGGAUGAACUAGACGAAUUGGUUGCCAGUGAAUGUCUAUACUGUGGAGAACUUAUGAUAAGCCUUAUUGAUCAACCUUUCAUUUCUCCGGAUCAAUUUGAUGCCAUUAAAGAGAGCUGGCGAUAA